AUGAGUACUAAAGCAGAGCUUCCAAUCUGGACUCAGCAAGCGGAGGAGCACAAAAACUGGAUUUGUCCCAACUCCCUGCGCGUCUUUUCCACGAGGACAGAUGUGCCGGAGCACCUUGCGCCGGAGAUGCUGAGCCUCGUCUCCACCGUGGGGAUUCCCGAGUCCGGCCGCGUGGAGUUGGGUGACACACCACCACAUUGCGGCCCGCACAGACACCGGCGGGUGGCGGCCAACGCCCGGGAGAGGAGGAGGAUGCACGGCCUUAACAAAGCCUUCGACGAGUUGAGGAGCGUCAUUCCCUCGCUGGAAAACGAGAAGAAGCUGUCCAAAUACGACACCCUUCAAAUGGCGCAGAUUUACAUCACUGAGCUGUCGGAGCUCCUGGCCGGGGUGGUCCAGCAUCAUCCGGGCUCCGCGGAAAAAGCCUCCUGCAGGAGGAACAUGAGCCACACUCACAUGCCAGAGCAAAGCCCGCGGGGAGAGCGGAGGGGCUCUUCCUCUUCACACCUCAUCAUACUCGGACCUAAAAGUGAGCUCACUAAAAGCACCUCUUGCCACUGCAGUGAUGGAGAAUCUUCUCAUCUCAGUGACGUAGAGGAGAGUCAAAGUGGGGGACAUUAAAUUGGCACCCUGGAAGGUUGAAGUGUCUUGGUAAAAUGACAUUUUUGUGUAAUACAGGAAGAAAAGUUACCCCCUACCUCCCUUUAAAACAAAACAAAAAAAAAGAAGCGCUGUUUGUUUGGG